AUGGCUGAACACCUGAAAAAACCCUUCAAAGACAGUCUGGAUGAUAUAAAAGAACGAAUGAAACAGAAAAGAAAUGAGAAACUGGCAAAGUUCGGUAAAACUAGCCAGAUCUCUGCUGUAAAGUGCAAAAUAGCAACCAACACAUGCAAGAAAAUGACGAGCAUCCAAGCAAACAACAGAGCUCUAGCUCAGGCUUUGCAAGAAGAAAAGCUCAAACUGAAGGAUGCCCAGGCUACCAUUCUUCAUUUAAGUAGAGAGUAUCAAGAUCUGAAGAUUCAGAUGUUUGACUUGCAGAGAACUCUUAGGUUCAAGCAAGCACAAGGACUUGUUGAGAAUCAACUGUCAGCCUUGAAUGAGAUAAUUUCAAAAGUUUCUCAGAAUUUACUGGACUCAAUUGAUCUCCUUGGCCCAGCAAAGAAUUUGUGUUCCAUGCAUGUAAAUGGGAGAGUGCUUUCUUCAGUUCUUGAAAAUAGUUCCAAUGUCAUAGGACAAAUACGUUCGGUAGGACCUCUACAGUGUGCUGAUGGAGGUGAUCGAGUACGUCCAAGUGGGAUAGAGGCUGACAGGAAUAGAAAUAAGCUGGCUCAUUCUGUGUCACAACUCCGCAAGAAAUCUGACAAUGCCAUUUCCUUAUUCAAAGUAGUUCCAGGCAAAGGACAAACAUCUGGUUUUCAUCUGGACAACGUAGGGUCAGAGCUGGAAAAUGCUUCUUCAAGUGAAGAAGAUGGACUUGGUAAUGUGUUACCAAAAAGCAUGUCCACCAGCUAUUCAAAGAUGAGAAAUUACGAUGUCCUUUGCUGUCGUGUCUUGGACCAUUCAGAAGCACCUGAUUCGAGAAAAGAGCUUUCUAUACAGGAUGAAAUUGGACUUGAGGAAGGUCUGGAGAAGUGUACUGUAGAAAACAUAAAUUCAGAUAUUUCUCAGUUGAAUGAAAACAGGGUGGGUUCAGAGCUGGUGUUGAGAUGGAUAGAUUCUGAAACUGCACAGUUCAAAUUAAACAAUAAUUCUGAUCUUAAACAACGUGAGUGUAAAAGCAGAGAAGACUCUCAAGUAAGGAUGGAGAAGUGUCAGAAUGGAAAACAGAAACAGCCAAAAAAUACAUCCAGACAAAGACCAAAAACAAGACAGGGUAAAGAGGCUUCCAAAGAAAAUUUGGAUUUCUUGGGUGGCUCCAGUGAUGCUUAUGACUUUCAUUUUGAAGAGCGUGUUCAUGUUACACCUUUUCGACAAAAUAAGGUGAAUGACACAGAUACUGGUGUGGAUGACAAAGAAAACUUAUCUGAAAGUAAUACCUUUGAGUUGAGUGAUACUGAAGAAGAUUCAGAUGAUAGCCUCUAUGAGCCUUACAAGGGUAAAUCAGAAAAAAGGAAAAGUUCAGCGGACAAGAAAGAUGCAUUGCCAGUCCAUGCAAAGCCAAGGUCUAAAAGAUGUUUGGCACAGCAUGAGCAGAAACUCCAUAAUGAAAAAGAGACUGAAAACAAGAAAUCAAGUGACAAGCCUAUUAGGCAGCCUUCUGAGCCAUCUGGUGGUCAUCUUUAUGAUGUUACCAAUACCACUUCAUUGCUCCCCAGCACUGGGAAUGCAACUACUGCCCCGGAAGAUGAAGGACCAGGAUCUUCAAAACGCAAGCGAAGCUGUACUCUUACUGUAAACUAUAAAGAACCAAGUAUUGCAGGGAAACUCAGGAGAGGAGAUCCAUUUACAGACACAAAUUUUCUUAGUUCUCCAAUUUUCAAGAAGAAAAAAGAUGCUAAACGCAGUUCUCUUAAGAAAGAAUCUCUGUCAAAAAACAACAAAUUUGAUGGUGGUUGUAGAGACUUGUAG